AUGUCGUCCUUGAGAAGCAGUAAGAGAAAGUCAGAAUCCGUUGACAAGGAGAAGGAAACCGGCAAUAUGCUUUGGAAGAAGACCCGGACCAACACCCCUGUAGCUGUAGCGGCCGCAACAGCCAAAGCAGAUGCUUUGCUCACCCCGGACUCAACGCUUGAUGCCAACAUCGAGGAGGCUGCGGUUGCAGUGAACCACAAAGACCCUGAUUUCGGAACCAGCACAGCCAUCAAGACCUUCUAUGAGGGAAGGAACAGUUGCGGAAGUAGUAUCAACUGGGUGGAAACGCCACCAAAGCAACUCGCCGAGAAGAAGGCUAAAGCAAACACCCGAGUUGCCAUCAAAAUCUUCAAAGUCAAAGACCACGGCCAACCAACCAUUUCAGGUCGCACUCCGCUCAAAAUUCACAUGGUUGAACUCCAGAGCCGCGUGCUCGUCACAGCCCUCAAGCCGAUCCUCAAAGAUGCGGGCAUGUUUGUCGAGAGUACGGAGCCCGCUAAAUUCUCCGAGCCUUUCAAACCGCUAUUCUUCUCGUACGAUAAGAUCAUGGACUUGAAUGCCCGGACGAAAAAGGAUGGCCCUCUCAAACAGCACCUUGACCUACUUAUCCAAAUCAUGGAAGAAUUAUUCGGCGGAUUCAUGACGCAUCUGAAGAAUCUCAAAGCCAGUGGCCUGAUCUCGUACAAGCUGGCUUGGACCUACCUCCCUAAGGGCACGAUGCUCUACUGCCCAUCGAAGGACUCUGAUCGUGUGUGCCGUGUUGUUCGGACUGCGUAUGCUACUGGACAGUGUAAUUACUUGGAGAUAGCGGCGGAGGAAAUCGCAUUCGACGGAGAAACCUUUGCAUGGACGCCGAUUGAUAGACAAAUUCCCUUGUUCGAAGGCAACCUUCCUAUUACAGUGCUUCCGGUUUAUCCACUAUCCUUUCAUGAAAAUCCAGAGGACAUUAUAGAGCGAUUAAGCCGUAGGGCUAAGAAGACGAUUGAGUACCAAGAACUUACUUAUUGCGAGUACACGGGUGUUGCUUUGCAACAAAUUCAGCAGGGGUUUGCAAGGCACAAUGUUACUGGCCGAAUCCUUAUCGACUACGUUGGAUAUAAGAAGCAUAAGGAUGGGGUCCAGAAAACGAGCAAUAAUGCCAAUCGUUCUAGGGGCAAUGUUACUUCUACUAAGGAAGCUACUCUUCUCCAAUCCCUUGAUAAGGAAACGCAGGAGGAGAAUAAAGAGGAGAUGCUAAAUAGAGAGGAAGACUUGCCUUAUGUCUCACCACUAUUGAAGGGCUACGCGUUGAAGAAUAAGGAGUGGCUAUUCUUCUAUGUCAACGACAUCAAGUCUAUGGUCUGGAACGAUGAUGCAUACGGCCAUCUAGUGUAUCCAGAGGAGCAGAAGGAUCUAGUUCUAACAUUUGUUGAUAACCACCUGCGCCUGAAGACUCGUGUAGAUGAUGUUAUCAUGGGAAAGGGCCAGGGAUUGAUUAUGCUUCUUAGCGGACCCCCUGGGACUGGCAAAACCUUGACAGCCGAAGCUGUGGCUGAUAAAACGAGACGACCACUAUACUAUCUCCAAGCUGAAGAUCUCGGGACAGAUGCCGCCCACCUCGGGUCCAAAAUUAAGAAAGUAUUUGAGAUGGCAACAGAAUGGGAUGCUGUGAUCCUGCUUGAUGAAGCCGAUGUCUUCAUGGCCGAACGUGACCCGGGUGAUAUCGCCCGAAAUGAGCUAGUAUCAAUCUUCCUCCGCGAACUAGAAUACUUCCGCGGAAUAAUCUUCCUCACCACCAAUCUCUACUCCACUAUUGAUACCGCGUUCCGCUCACGCGUGCAUCUGCAUCUCGUCUUCUCCCCGCUGCCCUUCUCCUCGCGACUCAUUCUAUGGCAGAAAUUCCUCUCUCGACUCGAUGUCCCUGUCGUGCUGGGGCCACAAGAGAUGCAGGAAGUAGCGAAAUGGGAAUUGAACGGGAGAGAGAUUAAGAAUGUCAUUAAGACGGCAAGGAUUUGGUGUGUUUGCAAGAAGUUCGAGAUGAAUUUGCUGAGGUUGGAGAGCGCUAUUAAAGUUACGGCGCCGCAGGCUACGAAGGCCGAGGUGAUGGCAAAUGGAAAGGCUUAG